AUGUCUCAAGGACUCGUCGACUUCUGGCAGGAAUCGCUACGUGCCAGUGACCUCCCUUCAGCCGUUCUGAACGCACUCGUGACAAAGGAAAAGAGAAUCAGCAAGGAUGCCGGAAACGUGAACGUAGCCCAUGAGACUCCAGAAAUUGUCCUUGGAAGGAUUGAGUCCGACGGACACGUUCAUCCAGUACUACAAGGGAUAACACAAAGCCUGACGUGCACGUACGACAAUGGGACACGCGACAUCGCAACAUAUGCCAUUUCCCCAAAACUUUGCGUUCCGGAUGAUUGCCUGAGGAAGACGCCCAAAAGCGUUUCCGGACUCACUAGCGAGGUGUCUGUGCACGGGAUGGCGCCCAGGGACACAUCCAUCUCCACGAUUUGCAAGGAAAUGAAGGUGCUGUGCAUGACACGCACGGAGUCAGGGCACGGGCCCGUCUCCGUGACUGGUGCAAGCCAAUCUCCGAGACUCUUACUGGCAGGCGGUGCUGCAGCGGAGGACUGGGUACUUCCGAACGCCGGAGACUACGCGGACUACAGGGACCAGUUUGUCCAAUCAUUGAUGGUCCUUCGGAGACUCUGUGGCAUCAUGCGUACGGAAGAUCUGAAGAUGGACAUAUACUUAACGCUAGCGUUACCGCUGCCGGGGGACGCUCCAUAA